CUUUUUAUGUCGGAUCUAUCCAACUGAGCAAAUCUCCGGGAAACACAAGGAAUUGAUGUAGCCAUGUCCGAUGCUCUUAGGAGAGUGACGCCGGAAUCGAGAAGGCGAACAAAGAAGGCAUGCAUCACGUGUCAGACGAAGAAGCUCAAGUGCAACGGCCUCCAACCAUGUGCCAGCUGCUCCUCUCGCUCAAACCAAUGCAUCUACUCUCCUGAUGGUGCUCGUUCGCAAGCCAAACAUCAAGCCCGGCAGUCUACGGCCUCGACUCAGCCAAACUACCAUUCCAAUCCGAUACCGCAGCUUCCGUUGCCGUCUCCUAGGCCUGGCAACGGCAACCUCACAGACUCCCAGCUCGAGAAUAACAUUCGCCUGAACCAUCCGCCGUUGGCAUCAAGCCGAAGAGAAGGAAACUCGGAACCUUCUUCGCAACAAUCGGCCCAGACGCAUCGCCAACGUCAGAUUAGUCAAUACCCUUCGCCGGGUAUCAAUGUUGCAAGCCCGGAGCUGCCACACUUAACGCAAGCACGAUCUGGAGGACGGCCAGCGGCAGAGGCUAGUUGGAGUACGAGUCAAGGCAAAGAUGAAAGGGAGAGUUUGAGUGAGCAAUCAAGAAUGUUGCUGGAUGGAAAGGGAAGGCUGCUUUAUCUGGGCGACUCGGCAAGUCUAUCAUAUUUAGAUACGAUUAGACGACUGGUGGAAAGCACGCUGGGACCCAGUGAGUUUACGAGAGAUAAACAUAAGCAAAGGAUUUUGGAAGGAUUGAUAUCUACGGCAAGGCCGACGCAUGUGCUUCCUGAUCGAGAAGCGGGUGAAUUUUUGGUCGAUUCUUUUUUCUCAAAUACUGUAGGAAUUAUCUAUAUCUUUGAUCGCGAGGCUUUCAGUCUUGAGGUCGCCAAGAUAUAUGAGAAUCCCCUGCAAACCGAGCAGUCUCGUCUCUCAAUCCUAAAUCUCGUAUUUGCAGUGGGAUUACAGGGGACGAAGAGUUCUUCGGCACAUAGCUUUAGAGAGUCUCAGAUUCUCAAACGUUUAGACGGCGGGAAUACCGAAAGGGCUGAGAUGUUUUACUUGAAUGCGACGCAUUUAAAUGAUCCGGUUUCAGGCUUUGAGGACGGGGAUAUUACGUCCAUACAGGCGCUGCUGCUGAUUACGGUGUUCAUGUUGACGAUAGCGAAACGAAAUUCUGCCUGGGCUUAUUUAGGCAUGGCGGUUAGAUCAGCAUAUGCACUCGGUUUGCAUAGGAAACAAACGGCCUUUGCGUUUUCUGACGCCGAACAACGAGUCAGGAAGAACGUCUGGCGCAGUCUUUACGUCAUGGACUGUUUUCUCUCAGCCAUGCUUGGCCGACCAAAUGGCAUCAAUAGCCGCGACGCCGCCGACUUCUUCGACGACACCGAAGAAGACCUAUCCAGCGACCUAUCCACUCCGUCCUCAGACGCCCUUGAACUCGCCGCCCUCACUGCCUCUGUUCGCGCCUCCUGCCUCGUCGCCGACAUCCUCUCCAACGUCUACGCCGAGCGUAAAAUCAGCGUCAAACUCGCCCACCAAAUCUCCGCCAAGUUCCAAGCGUGGAAGAACUCGCUCCCGCCAAUUCUGCACUGGCAGAACAUCAGCCUGCCGAACGAGGACCCCAGAAUCACCCUCGCGCAGCUACAUGUAAAUCUCGGUUAUUUCCAUAGCAUUAUCCUGUUGACCAGACCGUUUCUGCUGCAGAAAAUUAUCAAUGAGAUACGCGCGCCGAGCGGGAGCCAGACCCCUCGGAGCGAAACUGGGAGUGAGAAAGCAGAGCCCUUUCCGGGUGCAUGUGUGAGGAGCGCAUUAUAUAGCAUCGACGCCGUCCAGUUAGCGUUGUUAAAGCGGGCACUCCCACUGCGAGAUCCAUUCGUGAUUUAUUGGCUCUUCGCUGCCUCUCUCAUCAUCUUCUCCAACGGGUUUUGCACCGUCUACGGCGACAAGGCGCACGCCAUGCAGACGGCGCUAAACCUGCACCGAUACCUAGCUGAACUCGACCCGGUUGCGCGACGCAACCUCCAAAUCCUCAAUGCCUUCAAAGACGCCAUCGCGUGCGACACAGUUGUACGAGUUGCGCCGACGAUGGGCAAAGCGGCGGGGGAGGAUAUCUUCUCCGCCUUCUUUGGCGGGUCCCAGAGCGGUCCUUCGACUGGGCUCGGCGCGGAUGGCAGCAUGGGUAACACCAUACAAGCGACAGGCAUGCCGCCUGGCGCAGAGUGGCAUGGUUACCAAGCGCAGGGGAUGUGCAGUAGUAGGCCGGAGAUUAUGAUGCGGCCCGCGGCUGACCUGACGGGGACGGGGAUUAGCCCGCCGGAUUAUAGCCUGGACUUCGAUGCGUUCCUGACGAGUGUUAGCUCGGACCAGGCGUAUGCGCAGGAUAUGUGGAUGCCGCUUUAUGGGACGAUGGGUGUUUAGUUGAGCUUGGUUUAGAGGAAGAUACACGCGGAGUGAGGAAGCGACGGUUCUGAGAAGUGUGAAUGAGGAUGCUAGAAGUGAGCUGUUGAUAUACCCUAGAUGAGCGGGUGGUGAGCUGGGGUGGGUACUGUGCUAGGGAUAUCGUCGUUGUGGGCGGGUAGUGCGUGGACUAAGAAUGCAACGGAGGCCUUCUACAUCUACUAGCUCGAAUGAUGCAGAGCCUCUGCCGGCGUCUGUAUGGUGAUGUUGGAUUGUCCGAAUCCGGGUUGAAUGAGCCAUAUUUAGGAGAUGUUGCUCUAAGCCAUCUAAGGCCUGCUCCCUUCCGCAGCCCCACUGAAGAAACCCACCAAAGUGCCAAUUACACGGUUAUAGAUGUUCUACCGGAUGAUCCACUUUACGGAUAGCAGUAUGUUCGGCUCUUUUAAUCUUGUCGAGGCUUAUCGGAAUCUCGUCUUCAGCACAGGAACCGAGGCACUGAAGCCGCAUAGAGGAACAACGUAGAAAGAGGGCGUUCCAGCAGACGUGGCGGAGAUGGAGUUGACCGGGCUGGAAGAGGUACUACGGCAAGAGCACGUACGUGAUGCUGUGCUUGAGGGAUACGAGAGAGGAUUGAAGGUAAUGAGGGAAGCUGUCUCUACUGCGGAGUUGAGGGCCGGAAGUUUAACCACACCGGAAGUCAAUGUGGGCGACGAUUUGCAGGUAGAGUACAUACAAGCUAAUUGUCGUUUAUACCCCG